AUUAACUACAUCCUUUAUAUAACCGUUAAGAAAAAAAUUAGCAUAUUUUUUUUUAUAAAACAUCAACAAUAUUUUGCGUUCAUUAAUUGAAUAUCAAAUUUUGAAAUGCUUUACUUUUCUGCAGCUACCUAAACAUGAUGCGUCACUUUUCUAUUGAACGUAUAAACUAUCUGUUUGCUACAAUCAACUGUCCUACUGGACUGAAAAUUUUAAGAAAAAUUACAAAAUUUUUGUUGAACAUUUAUUAACAUUUUUUCAAUCUUUAUCGUAAUGUCAAACGUUAAACCAAAUAGUUUAUCAAAUAGUUUAACACCGGUGAAAAGUGCCCUUCUAGCAGGAGCUGGUAUAGGUUUACUUUUUUUGGUUGUUAAACGUCAACACAUCUUAAGUUAUUGGAACCGAUUCCAAAACCCUCUUAAAAGAAAGCACGUAGUGUUAAUACAAAACGCAAAUGAUUGUCAAAAGGUGGUGAACAUAUUAAAAAGCCACUGCAGUGAUUAUAAAGUUUUGGGCUUUGACUGUGAGUGGGUUACCGUUAAUGGCAAUCGUAGGCCGGUGGCAUUGUUGCAGUUGUGUUCCAAUAGGGGAUAUUGCGCUUUAUUUCGUUUGUGCUGCAUACGUCAAAUACCGAAAAGCUUAAAAGAUCUCCUGGCAGAUGAAGAGGUAAUAAAGGUGGGCGUAGACCCUGGCUAUGAUGCCCAAAAGCUGGCGUUGGACUACGGUGUUGGUGUGGCUAGUACUUUUGAUUUGCGUUAUCUGGCCACUAUGGUUGGACGUAAACCAGAGGGCUUAGCGAAAUUAUCACUGUCUGUUUUAAAAAUAACACUUGAUAAACAUUGGCGUCUAUCUUGUUCCAAUUGGGAAGCCAAAGAUUUAACUGAAAAGCAAAUCGAAUACGCUGCUAACGACGCUUUCGUGGCUGUCGAGAUUUUUAAAACUUUGGCUCGUGAAUUCAAGCCAAGGUUAUCUUGGCUUUCAGACUUCGCGAUAACCAAAUGUAGAAUUGAGCCAUAUUUAGAAUUACAAUUCAACAGCAGCUUUUCGCAAAAGAAAUCAAAAGCCACAGUAAACAAAUCCGUUACUCCGAUUAAAACGCAAAAUCGUAAACUUAGUACACUUUCUAAAGCGUUAUACGAUAAUUGUUUGCUCCAAGCACCAGACGGCGAACUUCUUUGUACUAUAGACAAACGUAAAGCCGAAUGGUAUUUGCAACAACAAUUAGGUGUGAAGAUUGAAUCUGAACCAUUCAUAGUACGUUUAAACUUUGAGCCAGCGAGUAGAGCAGUAGGUGAGGUAGGACGUUACUAUCAGACUCCGAAAGAAAAUCGAUGUGUGGUCUGUGGCGAACGUAAUGCAUUCGUACGCAAAAAUAUUGUUCCAAGAGAAUAUCGCAAGCACUUUCCAGUUGUAUUGAAAUCUCAUACCUCUCAUGAUGUUUUACUGCUCUGUCCCAAGUGUCACCAAAUAAGCAAUAUAUCGGAUUUUAAAGUUCGUAAUAAACUGAGUGAGAUGUGCGAUGCUCACCAGAGAAUUCCGAAACCUGCAGAACUGCCAGAACUAAGGCAGGUUAAAAUGGCAGCUCGAGCCUUACUAAACCACUCAGAACAAAUACCAUUGGAAAGGCGUAAAUACUUAGAAACUUUAGUAUUAAAUCAUUUUAAGGAAAGUGAGGAUAUUAAUUGGGAUAUGAUAAAGGAGGCAUCGGAGCUGCAUACGAGUGAACCAAACGACAGUUAUUGCACGCAUGGUGAAAAAGUGGUACAAAAAUUUCAAGCUGAUUUUGGCGGUUUAAAAGAACUGGAAAAAUUAUGGCGUCAACAUUUUCUUAAUACUAUGGAACCGAAAUAUUUGCCGCCUCUCUGGGAUGUCAAUCAUAAUGCCAACAGACUGGAAAUACGCGCAACGCAGGGAAGAGUUAAUGAAGAAGAUAUGCUGAUAGCUGGCGUACCAUUACACAAGGAAUAAUCUGUAAAAUUUGGAA